AGUCUCUCUAGCUACGACCGUCUCUAUGGUCGAGUGGGCGGAGCCAGGAGCAAGAUGGCUGCGCCCGAAGCUGCCACGGAGCCGCAAGCUUCCGGGGGUCCCCGGGCUCCGGCGUGCCUGUUGGUGCUGGGAAUGGCGGGGUCUGGGAAAACCACCUUUGUACAGAGGCUCACCGGACAUCUGCAUAGUCAAGGCUCUCCACCUUAUGUGAUCAACCUGGACCCAGCUGUGCAUGAAGUUCCCUUUCCUGCCAAUAUUGAUAUUCGUGACACUGUGAAGUAUAAAGAAGUCAUGAAACAGUAUGGACUUGGACCGAAUGGCGGCAUAGUGACCUCACUCAAUCUCUUUGCUACCAGAUUUGAUCAGGUGAUGAAAUUCAUUGAGAAGGCCCAGAACACAUCUAAGUAUGUCUUAAUUGACACACCUGGACAGAUUGAAGUGUUCACCUGGUCAGCUUCUGGGACAAUCAUCACUGAGGCCCUGGCAUCCUCGUUUCCAACGAUUGUCAUUUAUGUAAUGGACACUUCUCGAAGUACCAACCCAGUGACCUUCAUGUCCAAUAUGCUCUAUGCCUGCAGCAUCUUGUACAAAACCAAGCUGCCUUUUAUUGUGGUCAUGAAUAAAACUGACAUCAUUGAUCACAGCUUUGCAGUGGAAUGGAUGCAGGAUUUUGAGGCUUUCCAAGAUGCCUUGAAUCAAGAGACUACAUACGUCAGUAACCUGACUCGUUCAAUGAGCCUGGUGUUAGAUGAGUUUUACAGCUCACUCAGGGUGGUGGGUGUGUCUGCUGUGCUGGGUACAGGCUUAGAUGAAUUCUUCGUGCAAGUCGCCAGUGCCGCGGAAGAAUAUGAGAGAGAGUAUCGUCCUGAAUAUGAACGUCUGAAGAAAUCACUGGCCAAUGCACAAAGCCAGCAGCAGAAAGAGCAACUGGAACGCCUUCAGAAAGAUAUGGGCUCUAUAGCCCUGGACACAGGGACCGCCACAGGCAGCUCAUCUCCUAUGUUGGACCCAUCUGACUUGAUCUUAACUCGUGGAACCUUAGAUGAAGAGGAUGAGGAAGCUGACAGUGAUACUGAUGAUAUUGACCACAGAGUUACAGAGGAAAGCCGUGAAGAGCCAGCAUUCCAGAAUUUUAUGCAAGAGUCAAUGGCACAGUACUGGAAGAGAAACAACAAGUAGUUUGUAAAGUACAAAAUCUUGAAACUGUGCAGGAACUAUCCUUAUCUCUGGUUGGGAGCUACUAUAGAGGACGGUUUUGUUCAGAAUAGCAGUUUCUCUUAUCAGUGAUAGCUCCUGACUCAGAUGAAGCUGAGGAUAGAAUACAGUUUGGACCUGGCAGGUAGAUGCUGAUUCCCUUGGCCUUUCCCUUGGAUUUCUGCAAGGAAGGAUAUUCUGUUUUUGGAUGCUGAUACCCUUUUAAGGCUAAAACUGCAAGUUUUAUCAUUUGAACUCACAUGCUUUUGCUGCUGAUGGAUGGAGCAGAGAGAGAACUUAGUAGGCUGGAUCUAUGGCCUCCCUCUACUUCUCAGCAUCUCGCCUUUGAAUCCACACCAUGAGUUCCCCUCCUUUCAGCAGAAAGGGAAAUGGAAAACAGGAGUGUGUCCAGGGUGGCGGUGGAGUCUCCUUGGCAACCAGUCAACGUUGGUAUGAAAUGUGUCUCACACUGAGUAGCUUAUUAUAGAACACUGGGUUCAUUGAAAAAAGUGGGCAAACAUAAUGAGUAAGAAUUUUACUUUCAAUGGUGACUUGGAUAAAAAGUUUUUAAUUUUAA